AUGGUGGUAGCAGCCUUCCAAAAUGGGUUGAACAAGAAUGGGUCCAGGGAGACCAAGAAGUUGUUAAGCAGGCUCAUAAAAUACCCUCCCACCAAUUGGGAAGAAAUUCACAACACAUAUUGUGCCGAGGUGAGAGCAGACGAUGACGACCUUAACAAUCCGACCCAACGUUUAACGUCGAUCCAAACAGAGCCGAGGAAAGACCGUCGUAAUGGCAGUCGAAGAGAUCAUUCAGGCCCACCCCUCAUCAAGACAGAAAUAGAGUACUCGCUAGAGAAGCUUGGCACAAAAGUGAAGUGGCCGGAAAAAAUGAAGUCCGACCCAAGUACCCGAAAGUCGAACGUCCUUUGUGAAUUUCACCAGGAUCGAGGUCACAAAAACGAGGACUGCAUAGCCCUACGACAAGAAGUAGUGAACAUGCUAAACCAAGGGCACCUGAAGGAGCUAAUGAGUGACCGAGGACGAGCCAACUUCGACCGCAGACGAGAAAAACACCAAGGCCCUCCGAAGCCACCCUCUCCUGCCCGCACCAUUCAAAUGAUCAUCGGCAGAGGCGACGAAGCAGCAAUAAACCACAUAAAUUUUACCACCACACACAAGCUAAAGCGGUCAAUCACCUACGAUCGGUAUGAUGACCUCGAAAAAAGUAUCAUCUUCAAUAAGUCAGAUACUAAUGGUUUGAUUUUUCCUCACUCCGAUGCUCUUGUCAUUACUUUACGUAUUUCAGAUACUAAUGUUAAAAGAAUAAUGGUAGACGACGGAAGCAGCGCGUGUAUUAUUCACCCUCGAGUGCUUGCACAAAUGGACUCGAGGACAAUAUAG